AUGUCAAACACAACUACAUCUCCAGAUGCGUUCCAUCAGACAAGGGUUGUUCAGGCACUGUUAAAGUCAUCCAACUACAAGUUGCAGCAAAUGGAGCAUAGAGCCCACAACAAUAGUGUUUCCGAAUACCAAUUGGAUGUGUUGCAACACUUGUUGUCAGCAGAGGUCAACACACUACCAAGCUUGCCAUUGAUUGAGCAACAGCCGGAGAUUAAAUUGAGCAUGAGACCAUUGUUGUUGGAUUUCCUUUUCGAAGUGAUUACCAUCCUCAACUUGUCGCGCUCUACAUUUCCCUUGACAGUUAACUUGAUUGACCGUUAUUGUUCCACGCGGAUAGUUAAGAAGCAACACUAUCAACUAUUGGGAUUGACCUCGCUAUGGAUCAGCUGUAAGAACUUGGACUCCAAGUUCAAGAUUCCCACAUUGAAUGACUUGAGAAAGAUUUGCGUUGAUAGUUAUAACAAGGAGUUGUUUAUCGAGAUGGAGAAGCACAUUUUGAAAUCAUUGGAGUGGGUAGUUAAUGCACCAACGUGUGAUUCCUUUAUUGACCAUUUCCUAAGUCUAUUGCUCGCCGUUGGCGACUCCAAUUCCAUUGUGAUUAAACAAUUUUAUCAAAAGAUUAGAGUUACAGCUUACUAUCUUGGCGAGUUGUUCCAAUUCUACCCUAAUAUGUAUUUCGACUAUACGUCGUCGCAGAUUGCCAUCUUGGCCAUCAUGUCUAGUAUCUCGAUGCUGAAGUUGUCGAUCAACUUGAUGACUGUUUUGCAAUUCUACAAUGCCAUCUUGGUGCAAGCCACACAAGAGGAACAAGUUACACACGAGGAACAACCAUCAAGAAUAUUGGCGAUUGAAAACUUCCAACAAGUGUUUAAGAACAUUAGAUUCUUGACUGUUCCAAAUAGUCUUCAGCAAAAAUACGCCAUGUAUGGAAGAGGCAGUAACGGCCACAGCCACAACAACAGCAACAAUAAUAAUAAUAAUAACAACAUCAAGACUCAAACACUAUUACCACCAAAGACACCUAAAGUGUCGAUGCCAUUGACGCCAGGUCCUAGCCCCGAAGAGAAAUUUGAUAGAAAAAGACGCGAGGCAUUGGACUCUGUGAGCGAAGGACAAGGUCAUGGGAAUGCUACUGGUGGCACACUGACGGCACCUGCGUUAAAGAGACAAAAGAGUUGUUCAGCUGCCUACACGACUAAUGCGAUUACCAAUACCAAUACCAAUAGCAAUGGUCAUGGUCAUGGUCAUGGUCAUGAUAAUGCCAAUGGUAAUGCCACUAAUUAUAGAGUAUAG